AUGGGAUACCGUUGCCAACUCCAGGAGCUCUCCUUCGAACUUGCCAGAGGUAUUCUAAGUCUGCCUACCGGCAAUGAUGCGCCCUUCGUAAAGGUCUUCAGUCCGACCGAGGCCGUUAAUCAAAAGAAGUCGUUCGAUAUCACAAACCCGGCUAUCGUGGGCUCAGGCGACGACUUUAUUGGCAUACGAUUCACGGCAGGCGAGUCGAGCAGCAUUGGUUUAUCUACAGCAACCAGAACGGGGCAUACUAAUAUUUCAUUAAUAAUGGCCUACUAUCACCUUUGGGCGAGCGGCGAAACUUGUCCCAACUUGACAACACGAUUUUCACACACGGCCACAGGACCUCCAGCCAGGGCGCUCUGCCGGAGCGGUCCGAAUAUCCUGUCCUGGAACUAUAUAACCCAGUACGACUGGUGUGACUUAAUUAAUUUGGUCAAGUUCUGGGGUGUAUACGGCGACAGCAUUGGUUGCUCGUACAUUCAUCCGUCCAAGGAAUGCAUCAACGGAGAUCACCAGGAGGGGGUUAUGGUACACCGUGAAAGUAAUACAGGAGACACAGUUCUGUUGAACAUGAUUCACGGGCUCCAUGUCCUGACAGACGAGCACGAACUCUCUAAGGGGAGAAUAUGGGGACCUUGGCUGCAGUACCUCAAUGAUGGCUCUGUGGGUGAUGCGUACGCUAAAUACGACAAAGAGGUAGAGUUAUGGCCGUACAGCUUUCCCAGUUCUGACAUUGAGCCUGGUUAUCAUCAGCGCAUAUCUUCCGUGCAAGGUGUUAUUAUGUCGUCAGAUGGCGCAAGCGUCUUGCUGGGCGAUAAUCAAAGCAAUCAACUCUCAGCCGAACACGGUGCUAAUUAUUACUACCACAUCAUUUCUGACGGAGACAGAAGCUUUGUAUUCGAGAACGUAUUACAAUGUCCGGACCUUGCGGCCGCAGUCAAACUAGGUGAAUAUGCAUGGGAUACUCAAAAUCGCGCCAAGUACUAUCACGGCUUAUCGGAUGACUCUCCUGCAGAUCUUGAGUACGACGUAAGUAGCUCGGACACUGCGGAAUGGUUCCACGUACAGGCUGCGGAGGGCACUUGGCAGGCCAAAUUCGGCCUAUUCGAUGCCCCCAAGUCUGAUGCAGUCGCCGUCUCAUCAACUAGCCUCGCCGGCUAUAGCUCAGGAGUGAACAUCAGGAUCAUUACGCAGGGCGGUAACAUCACAAUUGGUGAACUCAGCGGCCCUCACCAAUGGUCCUUUGAGUUACCGGCCGGUGUGUUCGUGAAGGGUUCGAAUACCAUUGAGUUCACAGUUACACAAGCAUCCUGGUGGUAUGGGUUUAUGUGGGACAGCGUUCCCAACAAGAGUAUGGAAAGAACGUGUAUUGCACGUUUUGUUGAUGGAGCCAUUCUGCAUUGCUUCACAUAUUAA